CAUCCCGGCGGCGUGGCCGGAUCCAUGGAGCGAGCGGCGGCGGCGGCGGGGCCGGCGGCGGAGGGCGGCGGCGUGAGCCGGCGAGCCGUGCGGGCGGGGGGCGCCGCGGCGGCGGGCGCGGGGUCGCGGCAGCCCAGCACCGAGACCCUGGACAGCCCAACUGGAUCCCACGUGGAAUGGUGUAAACAGCUGAUAGCUGCGACCAUUUCAAGUCAGAUUUCAGGGUCUGUCCCAUCAGAGGGUGUGUCCAGAGAUUACAGGGUGUACAGGAGGCCAGUUAUACGGGCUCUGCGGGAUGGAAACAAACUGGCACAGAUGGAAGAGGCUCCACUUUUUCCUGGAGAAUCAAUCAAAGUUAUCGCUAAGGAUGUUAUGUAUAUCUGUCCAUUUAUGGGAGCAGUCAGUGGCACACUCACAGUGACGGACUUCAGAAUGUUUAUCAAAAGUGUCGAGAGGGAUCCACCUUUUGUUGUUGAUGUUCCCCUUGGAGUUAUAAGUAGGGUUGAAAAAAUUGGAGUACAGAGCCAUGGAGACAAUUCAUGUGGUAUAGAAAUAGUUUGCAAGGAUAUGAGAAAUUUGCGGCUGGCCUAUAAACAGGAAGAGCAGAACAGACUGGAGAUCUUUGAAAACCUUGUAACACGUGCAUUUCCUGUUUCUAAUGGACUGCCUCUUUUUGCAUUCAGCUAUAAAGAAAAGUUUGCUGUUAAUGGCUGGAAAGUGUAUGAUCCAAUGGCAGAAUAUAAGAGGCAGGGCUUGCCCAAUGAGAGUUGGAAGAUAUCCAAAAUUAACAGCACCUAUGAGCUCUGUGAUACAUACCCUGCUGUUCUUGUUGUGCCAACCAGUGUAAAGGACGAUGACCUCUCAAAAGUGGCAGCAUUUAGAGCAAAAGGGAGAGUUCCUGUGUUAUCCUGGAUCCAUCCUGAGAGUCAAGCAACAAUAACACGAUGCAGCCAGCCAUCAGUUGGCCCAAAUGAUAAACGUUGCAAGGAAGAUGAAAAAUAUUUGCAGACAAUUAUGGAUGCCAAUGCUCAGUCACAUAAACUUAUCAUCUUUGAUGCCAGGCAGAAUAGUGUUGCAGAUACAAACAAGGCUAAAGGUGGAGGAUAUGAAAGUGAAAGUGCCUACCCAAAUGCAGAGCUGGUCUUUCUGGAGAUUCACAAUAUCCAUGUCAUGAGAGAAUCCCUGCGGAAACUGAAAGAAAUUGUUUAUCCUACUAUUGAUGAGACUCGGUGGCUGUCAAAUGUAGACUCCACACACUGGCUGGAAUAUAUAAGGAUGCUUCUUGCUGGAGCAGUAAGAAUUGCAGAUAAAAUUGAAUCUGGUAAAACCUCUGUAGUGGUGCACUGCAGUGAUGGCUGGGACCGAACUGCACAGCUCACUGCUCUGGCCAUGCUCAUGCUGGACAGCUACUACAGAACCAUCAAGGGCUUUGAAGUUCUUGUAGAGAAAGAAUGGAUAAGUUUUGGACAUCGAUUUGCAAUGCGAGUGGGACAUGGAGAUGAUGAUCAUGCAGAUGCUGACAGAUCUCCCAUCUUCCUGCAGUUCAUUGACUGUGUUUGGCAAAUGACAAGGCAGUUUCCUGCAGCGUUUGAAUUCAAUGAGUUAUUUUUGAUCACCAUUCUGGAUCACCUUUAUAGUUGUCUCUUCGGGACUUUCUUAUGCAACUGUGAAAAAGAGAGAUUAAAAGAGGAGGUGAGCACAAAGACUGUAUCUCUGUGGUCCUAUAUAAACAGCCAGUUAGAGGAAUUCACAAAUCCCUUCUAUGUAAACUAUGAGAACCAUGUCCUGUAUCCUGUUGCCAGCCUGAACCAUUUGGAGCUGUGGGUGAACUACUACAUCAGGUGGAACCCCAGGAUGCGGCCUCAGGUUCCAAUCCACCAAAAUCUUAAAGAACUGCUGGCCAUCAGGACAGAGCUUCAGAAGAAGGUUGAGGAUUUGCAGCGGGAAGCUGCCACACGUUCCAUUUCCUCCUCCUCUGACAGAGGCUCAUCUCCUUCCCAUUCUGCCACACCAGUGCACACCUCUGUGUGAUGUGGAACAAAAGCCAUGUGAAAAAAGCAGUGUCAGGUAACACAGAGGAGGGUGAAAUGCUUCUCCCAUCACAAAGGAUUGUGAGUGAUUUGUGAUUGCUAUGAUCCACAUGCCUUACUCUGUGUCUGAUACUAUCACAAUGAGGCCAAAAAGAGCUUCAGUAGAUGUGAUGUAUUUUCUUGUUGGCAGUUCCCACAUGUGUUUUGACACUCUAGCUAAGUCACCAAUCGUGAAAUUAAACUUUGUUUUGAGCAACUAACAAUUUAACCGUUCUAAAAAGGAAUCCAUCUGCCAAGCAGAGAGAAAAAUGCCUCACACAUUGUCUAGAGUACUAUGCCUGGUUGAGAGAAUCAGAUGAAAUGCCACAUGAUGCUUACACAGAACACAAAAUGUUUUUCUGAAUGGGAGCUCCUUAUUUCACUCAGUAAUAUAUAUAUAUAUAUAUAUAUUUCUAUUUUUUUUUUUUUGCUAGAGCAAUUUAUUUUUUUUAGGUAAUGCACUUGGAAAUUGAUUUUAAAAUAAAUGUUUUCCAGUGUAGUCAGUUUUACAUUUCAAAUUAAAUAUGCCAUUAAAAGUGGAUGAAGUUGAGCUGGGUUUAUCAAGUACACCACACUGACUUGUAUGAUGUAAUAUAUUUGGUAAAGCAUGUAUUUUAGGGUUUUUAAUGCCUUUUGUACCAGUUGAAAUAAAGUCUUUUGACUGUUUAGCUUA